AUGGAGGCCUGGCUUAGACCCCUUGCUAGAGUGCUGCUGGCACUACUUGGUCUGAUUCUGUGGGGGGCUGCUGCUGCUCUGGUAUUUGGUGGUGCUUUUGUGAUCCUUACAUACAAAAAUUAUAAAUCCUUCUUUUGGGAUUGUUUUCUGCUUGUGCCAGGCUGGCUGGCUAUUGUGUCUGCCUUUCUGCUGCUGCCCGCUGGUGCUGUGGCUAUCUGUAUCUCCACAAGGAACUCCCGCUAUCAACAGGGGACUUUCAUGUACUUGCUUGUUGUUCUGCUUUGCCUGGAAGCCUCUUCAGCAGUCUUGGCACAUGUCUAUUCUGACAAGAUGAGCUCUGAACUGAACCACACCAUGGGUCACCUCUUCCAUCAGUACAAUGGGACUUAUUCCCAUCAUCCGGGCACUAGGGCUGUGGAUGUAAUCCAGAGACAGCUGCAGUGUUGUGGGGUUCACAACUACACAGAUUGGGCAGAGGCAGCAGCUUCACAACGUGUCCAUACUGGAAAUAUACAUGCUCCUGAAAGCUGUUGUAAAAAGACUUAUUCAGAUUGUACUGGUGACAUGCGCCAGUCAGAGCAGCUUUAUCAUGAGGGCUGUCUAAGGAAGCUGGGCUAUCGGCUGCAGUUUGUCAUGGGCUAUGUAUUUUGGUGCUGCAUUGUUGUAGGCUUUCUGGAGAUGUUAGCUGCCAUUAGCAAUGGGAUACUUAUGAAGCAUAGGCCAUUCCAAGACUUCCGAAUUCUGGACUCUGCCACGUUUUCAUAG